AUGCAUAUGAGGGCCAUUAGCGCGGCAGCGAGCGGCAAUGGCAAAGCCAAGGUGGUCAUUGUGAUGGGCGCCACGGCCACCGGCAAGUCCAAGCUGGCCGUGGACCUCGCGCUGCGGUUCGGCGGCGAGGUCGUCAACUCGGACAAGAUCCAGGUCCACGACGGCCUGCCCGUGGUCACCAACAAGGCCACCGUCCGCGAGCAAGCCGGGGUGCCGCACCACAUGAUCGGCGGGGUGCACCCCAACGCCGACUACGCCGCGGCGGAGUUUCGGCGCGACGCCACGCGCGCCGUGGAGUCGGUCCUCGCGAGGGGCCGCCUGCCCAUCAUCGCCGGCGGGUCCAACAGCUACCUCGAGGCGCUGCUGGACGGCGAGCCGGGGUUCCGCCGGCGGUACGACUGCUGCUUCCUCUGGGUGGACGCCGACACGUCGGUGCUGGAGCGGUACGUCGGCGACCGCGUCGACUGCAUGGUGGAGCAAGGGCUCGUCGGCGAGGUGCGGGAGUUUUACCGGGCGGACGCGGACUACUCCCGUGGGAUCAGGAGGGCCAUUGGCGUGCCGGAGAUGGACACCUACUUCCGGCAGGAGGCGGCAGGGGCGCUGGAGGGAGACGAGGAACGACGGGCCGGGCUCCUUGAGGCCGCCGUCGGCGAGAUCAAGGAGAACACAUGCAGGCUGGUGUGCAGUCAGCUCCGGAAGGUCCACCGCCUGCGAUGCCUGCCUGGGUGGAGCAUCCGCCGCCUCGAUGUCACCAGGGUGCUUUCGCUCAAGGUCGGGAAGGCGACGGACCAAGAGGCGGAGCGCACCCUGUGGGAGACGGAUGUCGUCGGGCCUGCCGCGUGCGUCGUUGACAUGUUUAUUCGCUCUCCUGGAGGGAUGGUGGCGGAUGUGAGCACGGAUGGGAAGGAGCUAAGCACGGGGGCCAAGCAUGCAGCCGUCGCCGGAAUCGUCGAAGCGGCCGACAGGUGUGGUCUGCAGCUACUCGAGACUGGGCCGACGUCUCGUGGGUUUCAUCCAAGGAAAGCGGCCGCAGCAGUUUGA